CCAGUAGCAGUAAUGAAGGCGCGUACGUCGUACAGCUGGUGUUGGAGGACUUUGCCAGGCAGAUCAUCACCCUGACUCAAACCAGUGGGGUGCAGACGACCAUAAACACCAACGUCGCUAUCAGCAAAAUACCUGUCCAGUUUGCUUUGAGGGUGGAUCCUGUGGUGCCAUCGUGCACAGAGGGAAUCUAUCUGCCCAAAUUCCUGCCUCCAACCCCGGCCAACAGAGCUCGGCUGUACACCCCCGUCAAUCAGUCCCUGGAAAUCAGCAUCAGUGCCGAGGCAACCAUCUCCACGAUCUCUGAGCUGCUGUUCAGCGGGCCGCACAACAUAAACGAGACGAAAUCAGGAGCCGGACGCUUCACCCUGAGAUGGACGCCGUCUGAAAACGAAGAUGGAGAAAGCCACCCCGUCUGUUUCGUCGUCCAGGCAGUUAACAAUUCAGUCAAGUAUCACUCUGAGCUCCGAUGUGUCAUUGUGAGUGUUGGAAACGAUCCAACAGAAACCACAACCAUUCCGACAACAACUACCCCACUAACCACAACAACCACUCCGACAACAACUACCCAACUAACCACAACAACCACUCCGACAACAACUACCCCACUAACCACAACAACCACUCCGACAACAACUACCCCAAUAACCACAACAACCACUCCGACAACAACUACCCCACUAACCACAACAACCACUCCGACAACAACUACCCCACUAACCACAACAACCACUCCGACAACAACUACCCCACUAACCACAACAACCACUCCGACAACAACUACCCCACUAACCACAACAACCACUCCGACAACAACUACCCCAAUAACCACAACAACCACUCCGACAACAACUACCCCACUAACCACAACAACCACUCCGACAACAACUACCCCACUAACCACAACAACCACUCCGACAACAACUACCCCACUAACCACAACAAUCAUGAUUACACCAAAUACAACAACCACACAAAAUACAACCACAAUUCCCUCAAUAACUACCCCACUAACUACAACCAUCACUACACCAAAUACAACCAACAUAAUUCCAUCAAUAACUACCCCACUAACUACAACCGUCCUCACUACACCAAAUACAACAAUCAACACACAAAAUGCAACCAUAAUUCCCCCAACAACUACCCCACUAACUACAACAACCAUAACUACACCAAAUACAACAACCACCACACAAAAUACAACCACAAUUCCCUCAACAACUACCCCACUAACUACAACAACCAUAACUACACCAAAUACAACAACCACCACACAAAAUACAACCACAAUUCCCUCAACAACUACCCCACUAACUACAACAACCAUAACUACACCAAAUACAACAACCACCACACAAAAUACAACCACAAUUCCCUCAACAACUACCCCACUAACUACAACAACCAUAACUACACCAAAUACAACAACCACCACACAAAAUACAACCACAAUUCCCUCAACAACUACCCCACUAACCACAACAACCAUGACUACACCAAAUACAACCACCACACAAAAUACAACCACAAUUCCUUCAACAACUACCCCACUAACUACAACAACCAUAACUACACCAAAUACAACAACCACCACACAAAAUACAACCACAAUUCCCUCAACAACAACCCCACUAACUACAACAACUAUGACUACACCAAAUACAACAACCACCGCACAAAAUACAACCACAAUUCCCUCAACAACAACCCCACUAACUACAACAACUAUGACUACACCAAAUACAACAACCACCGCACAAAAUACAACCACAAUUCCCUCAACAACAAGCCCACUAACUACAACAACUAUGACUACACCAAAUACAACAACCACCACAAAAAAUACGACCACAAUUCCCUCAACAACUACCCCACUAACUACAACAACCAUCACUACACCAAAUACAACAACCACCGCACAAAAUACAACCACAAUUCCCUCAACAACAACCCCACUAACUACAACAACUAUGACUACACCAAAUACAACAACCACACAAAAUACAACCACAAUUCCCUCAACAACUACCUCACUAACCACAACAACCAUAACUACACCAAAUACAACAACCACAAAAAAUACAACCACAGUUCCCUCAAUAACUACCCCACUAAAUACAACCAUCACUAAACCAAAUACAACAACCACACAAAAUAUAACCACAAUUCCCUCAACAACUACCUCACUAACCACAACAACCAUGACUACACCAAAUACAACCACCACACAAAAUACAACCACAAUUCCUUCAACAACUACCC